AUGCAGCAACACCAGGAACAGAACCAGAACCAGAACCAGAACCACCGACGAAACUUCUUUCCCGUCUCCCUCUUCAACACCACCACCACCACCACCACCACCUACAACCUUAAACUCCCAGACCCACCACCUCCACCAUCAACAUCAACAUCAACAUCAACAUCCCCCGUCACCCCGCCCUAUUGGCUCCAUCAGCACCACAGUAAUGCAUCCCAGGCUUCUCUAGACGCCACCACCACGCAUCGAACCUCUCUCAUUCGCCUGGAAGACCACACGGAGGAUCCGACGAAUGAGGCGAGUAAGGGGUUGUGGGCGCGCAGUGUGACGAUUGAUGAUUAUGUUGUUGUUGGGGGGAAGGGCGAGAGGGGCAUGGGCAUAGGUAUGGGCAUAGGUAUGGGCAAGGGCAAAGGCAUGGGGAUUGGUGGGUUUGGGGUUGGCGCAUACUCCGAAUUCGACGACCUUCGCUCCAAACUCGCCUCUGCUUUCCCAUAUGCUAAAUCCGCGCUGCCCCAGCUGCCGCCCAAGAGUGCGAUCUUUAAAUUCAGCCCCGAGUUCCUGGAAGCGAGACGGGCUGGAUUAGCAUAUUUUUUGAAUUGCGUCCUCCUUAAUCCUGAGUUUUCCGGUUCUGCUGUGCUGAAGGAAGUGCUGUUCAGUCAUGCUGGGUGA